UUCUGAAGCCCUCCAAGUGCCGUUCGGGGAGUCUUUUCCGGUGUCUUCCACGUGUCUCUUCGGUAUUUAGGGUAUUCCUGAAUGAGUGGUGGGAUCGCGAUGGCGGUGCGCGGACGAGGCGGCGGUGGACGACGAAGCGGGCCCGGACUGUACGGAGCGGCUGCCUCCGUUUUGGCAGGGCUGGAAAACGGGGAAGGGUCCCUGAAGACCCUUGUUUACGGAAGCAGCUUCCAGAACCCUCGGCCGCUGUAUGCUCUUGCUUCGGAGACCCUGCGCUAUUCCGACGUGCUGGACACGAUCUUGGGUGCCGCUGGUUUGCUCCGCAUUGAGAAGAAAUUGCAACCACUCCUGGCCAAGGUGUUGGUGUACGAUUUGCUGUUCGGCAAGGGGCUGCGUGGGGGCGGGCGAUGGAAGGCCCUGGUGCUCAAGCACCAAGCACGGCUAAAGGCGGAGCUUGCUCGCUUGAAAGUCCAGAAGAAGGUGAGCCGCAAUGAAGACCUGCUGCCACCUUCAGGACAAGCUGAACAAGCCCCACAGAUACCACGCUAUGUCCGGGUGAACACACUGAAAACACACCUGGAUGACGUUGUGGAUUACUUCAAACGGCAGCAGUAUUCUUACCAGGGCAAGGCUGGCAGCAUGGAGGAAGUGUGCUCCUUGUCACGAAAGAAGUUCUUCUUGGAUUCCCACCUUCCUGAGCUGCUGAUCUUUCCUCCGCAGACGGACUUCCAUGACAAUCAGCUGUACGUGGCUGGGCAUAUUAUCCUGCAAGACAAGGCCAGCUGCCUCCCCGCUUUUCUCCUCAACCCUCCACCAGGGUCCCAUGUGAUCGAUGCCUGUGCUGCACCUGGUAACAAGACCAGCCACCUGGCUGCUGUCAUGAAGAACAAGGGCCGGCUCUUCGCCUUUGACCUAGACGCCAAGCGCCUGGCCACCAUGAGCACGAUGUUGAUGCGGGCCGGGGUCACCUGCUACCAGCUGGCUCAUCAAGACUUCUUAACUACAGACCCCGGAGACCCCAAAUACAGCCAAGUGAGAUACAUCCUUCUGGAUCCCUCGUGCAGUGGCUCAGGAAUGACCAGCCGGUCGCCAGUGGAAGAGAACACCCCUCUUGCGGAGCGGCUGCAGGCGCUGUCUGGAUUUCAGAGAAAAAUGCUGGCUCAUGCCUUGAGCUUUCCUGCCCUCCAGCGCCUGGUUUAUUCCACAUGCUCAAUAUACCAGGAAGAAAAUGAGGAUGUGGUUUGGGACGUGUUGCAGCAGCGGGAAAAAGACUUCAGGCUGGUCAAAGUCUUGCCCUCCUGGUCCCAUCGCGGUUCAGGCACCUUCGCUGAGGCCAAGUUCUGCCUCCGUGCUUCCCCAAAGGAAACGCUGACAAACGGGUUCUUUGUUGCAGUGCUGGAGAGGCGGCCAACGGGAGCCGAUGAGGAAAGCUCUUCUGGUUAUUUCAGUCCUAGCUCCACGACUGCAGUCUCUGAGGCUGAAAACAGGGAAGGAGAAUCUCGCCUUGUUCCCAAAAAGAAGACGAGAAAGGCUAGAGCUGCUUUGUGAAUGGGCGGAGAAGCUCGUCGCUGGAGUUUACAUACAGGAAGCUUCUGGAGUCAGAGGAGACCAAGACUGCCCAUGUGAACUGCAGCAGGGAUGGGUUGAGACAGCGAAAACUUUUGGAGAUGGAAUAAAAAAGAAAAUGGAUUUUUUUCCCC